CGGCUGCGCGAGCUGCCCGCCGGCCGGCUGGACCUGGCCACGCACAGCCUGACGCUGGACACCUGCCGGGCGCUGGGCAGCCUGCUGCAGAGCGAGGCGCUCCUCACGGAGCUCGUGCUGAGCGACUGCGUGCUGAGCGAGGAAGGGGCCACCCUGCUGCUCCAGGGGCUGUGUGCCAACUCCGUUGUGCGGUGUCUGGACCUGAAGGGCAACAACCUGCGGGCAGCGGGGGCCGCGGCCCUGGCCGGGCUCCUCCGGCAGAACAAGUCCAUUGAGAGACUCACCCUGGAGUGGAACAGCCUGGGCGUGUGCGAGGACGCCUUCGCCUCCUUCUGCGCGGCCCUGACGGCCAACGGCGCCCUGCGGCAGCUGGACCUCCGCAGCAACCAGAUCAGCCCCGCGGGCGCGGCCGAGCUGGCCCUGGCGCUGCCCCGGAACACCAGCCUGCAGCAGCUGGACCUGCGCUGGAACAACAUCGGCCUCCUGGGGGGCCGCGCCCUGGUGAACUGUCUCCCGGGGAACAAGACCCUGAGGACGCUGGAGCUGGCUGGGAACAGCAUCCCCGGAGAUGUCCUCAGAGCCGUGGAGCACGCGAUGGGCCACAGCCGGGCGCGGCAGCGCGCCCUGAGGGAGAGCCAGGCCCGCGGGCGCGCGCUCUGCGAGGAGGUGCGGCAGCUGCGGGAGGACAAGUCCAGGCAGUUCCUGGACUUAAUGGGGACCAUCGACAAGCAGCGAGAGGAGAUGGCGCGGAGCAGCCGGGCGUCUGCGGCGCGGGUGGCGCAGCUGCAGGAGGCGCUGACCGAGAGGCACUCCGUCAUCAACGCCCUGAGAGCCAAGCUGCAGAUGGCCGAGGCCGCGCUGGCCCUGUCUGAGCAGAAGGCCCAGGACCUGGCGGGGCGCCUGGCCUCCGCCGAGCAGCAGCAGUGGAGCCUGGCGCAGCGGCGGGAGAAGGCGCGCAAGCAGGAGCAGCAGGAGGCUGCGGAGCGGGAGUCCAAGCUCCUGAGAGACUCGUCAGCUGCCAGCGAGAGGAACCUGCAGCUGCGGAGUCAGGUGGAGGAGCUUGAGCGGAAGGGGAAGGCCCAGCAGGAGCAGCUGUUCCUGGCCAAGCAGGAGCUGACCCACACGGCAGCAGAGCUGAAGAUGCGCGCUGCCCAGGCGGAGGGUGGGCACGCGGGCGGGCGGCGGCGACGCGGCCUCCUGUGUGCCCGCAGCGCCGUGGGCAAGACCUGCCUGCUGAUCAGCUACACGACCAACGCCUUCCCGGGGGAGUACAUCCCCACCGUGUUUGACAACUACUCGGCCAACGUGAUGGUGGACGGGAAGCCGGUGAACCUGGGGCUGUGGGACACCGCCGGGCAGGAGGACUACGACCGCCUGCGCCCCCUGUCCUACCCCCAAACCGACGUCUUUCUGAUCUGCUUCUCCCUGGUGAGCCCCGCCUCCUUUGAGAAUGUCCGUGCCAAGUGGUACCCCGAGGUGCGGCACCACUGCCCGCACACGCCCAUCCUCCUGGUGGGCACCAAGCUGGACCUCCGCGACGACAAGGACACCAUCGAGCGGCUGCGGGACAAGAAGCUGGCGCCCAUCACCUACCCCCAGGGGCUGGCCAUGGCCCGCGAGAUCGGCUCCGUCAAGUACCUGGAGUGCUCGGCCCUGACCCAGCGGGGCCUCAAGACGGUGUUUGACGAGGCCAUCCGGGCCGUGCUCUGCCCGCCGCCGGCGCGGAAGCCGGGCAAGAAGUGCACCGUCUUCUAGGGGUGCCUGGCGUGGGGGGCAGGAGGGGCGGGGCCUCCCUCGGUGUGGGGCUCCGGGCAGCCCCGGGCUGGGCUUCCCUGAGGGGCCUCGUUUUGUACAAUAAACUUCCUCCACCAAGG